CGAGUUAAUACCUUUAUUAGUGUGACUUUAAGACAUGUAUCGAGUAUAAUGUGUAUGCACCUCGGCACUGCAGUGUCCCAAAAACAGGAUCAUGAAUUACGCUCGGUUUCUGACAGCUGUCAGUGCAGCUAGAAAGCCCUCCGCCAUCAGGAUGCUGACUGAGCUGCAGCAGCGGUCUCCUCCGACUAUGAUCUCUUUGGCCGGAGGAGCUCCAAACCCCAACACCUUCCCCUUCCUGUCAGCCUCCUUCAGGCUGAAGGACGGACAGACGCUCAACUUCGACGAGGCGCUGAUGAAGAGGGCUCUGCAGUACUCCGCCUCUAACGGAAUCCCCGAGCUGCUGACGUGGAUGAAGAAACUGCAGAAGGACCUCCACAACCCUCCGAGCCCGAUGGAGAUGUGUGUGACGACGGGGAGCCAGGAGGGGCUCUGCAAGCUGUUUGAGAUGCUGGUCAACCCCGGAGACAACGUCCUGCUGGAUGCUCCCACCUAUUCAGGCACAUUAGCAGCGCUCCGGCCUCUGGGUUGCAACUUAAUAAACGUCUCCAGCGAUCAGCACGGCAUGAUCCCUGCGGCCCUGAAGGAGGUUUUGUCUCGCUGGGACCCCUCAGAGGUCCACAAGCCCGGCAGCACCGCCCCCAAGAUCCUCUACACCAUCCCCAACGGAGGAAACCCCACCGGUGCCUCCAUGACGACGCAGAGGAAGCAGGAAGUGUACGAGCUGGCCAGGCAGUACGACAUGCUGAUCAUCGAGGACGACCCGUACUACUUCCUGCAGUUUGACAAGCCGUGGGCUCCCACCUUCCUCUCCAUGGAUGUUGACGGGAGGAUCCUCAGGACCGACUCCUUCUCUAAGAUCCUGUCCUCAGGUUUGAGAAUAGGCUUUGUGACGGGUCCCAAGCCUCUGGUGGACAGGGUGGUGCUGCACAUCCAGGCCUCCACCAUGCACACCAGCACCUUCACUCAGCUCAUGGUGUCUCAGUUGCUGCACAGCUGGGGACAAGAUGGCUUCCUUCAACACAUAGACGGGGUGAUUGAGUUCUACAGGAAACAACGCAAUGCCAUGAUCAGCUCUGCAGACAAGUGGCUCAAAGAUGUAGCAGAGUGGCACGCUCCAUCAGCAGGCAUGUUCCUGUGGAUCAAGCUAAAGGGCAUAGCCGAUACCCAGCAGCUCAUUAUGGAGAAAGCCUUGGAGAAAGAGGUGCUGCUGGUUCCCGGGGGGGUCUUCAUGAUCAACAGCAGUGACCCCUGCCCCUACGUCAGAGCUGCCUUUUCUCUCUCCACACCCGAGCAGAUAGACGAGGCUUUCAGAAGACUCUCAUCUCUCAUCAAGGAGGCUAAGUGAUCAACGAAGAUUUGUAUUUCCCCUUGAAGAUGCUGUUUUUUGUUUAAGUUAUUGGUGAAGGAUUCUUUUUAAAAUAUAUUAAAGUUUAAAUAUAUUUGAAUAUUGUCUAACCUCGGACUAAAAUGUUAAAAGAGCCAAUGGAGGACACUCAGAGUCCAUGUACUUGGUGCUGAAUGUUGAACCAUUCGUACAAAUGAAUGAGUUUUAAAACAAAUGAAAAGACGACAUUACGUUAAAAGAUGACAGUUGCUAAUCUCAUUACUUGUUGCUGCAUCAAUACACUACACAUGAACCCUGUACUGUAUAAAAAAGUAAAUACACUUUCUAUAAACACUUUGUAAAUCUC